AUGCUUCGCCCGGCGACGCCCCUAUCCAUAUUGUUCUUCGUCGCCUUUUGCUUGCUGCUCCUGUCGACCAUCUCCACGCCCAUUGUCCCGGCCAUACCCAUUGCGACCUACCGCAACAUCAACUUUGGUGUGCUGGGCUACUGUCCCGAUGGAGGCAGCUGCAAGGGACCCAUGAUUGGCUACGACACUGAGACACUAUUCCAGGAUCAGCCAAACACCGACUUCUCGCUGCCUGCAAAUUCGCGCCAUGCUCUCUCCUCCAUCCUCAUCGUGCACCCCAUUGCGGCCCUCAUGACACUGAUCUGCUUCGGACUCGCCAUCGCUGCCCACUUCCACUCGCCCGCCCACUCGCCGCGCUACCUGCUUGCCCUGCUCAUCUUCACCUUCCCCACGCUUCUGGUCUCGCUGCUGGCAUUCCUGGUCGACAUUCUGCUCUUCGUACCGCACGUGGCUUGGGGAGGAUGGAUCGUCUUAGCAGCCACCAUCAUCAUUGUGGCGAGUGGAAUCGUGACAUGUGCUAUGCGUCGGACGCUGGUCAGCCGCAAGGCACGUAAGAGGCGUAUUGCAGAGAACGACGACAUGAACGGACAGACGUACUACGCGAACCGCCCCAGUGAUGCGAGACUGACCACCGAAUUCCCCAAGGCCGAAUCUCCGCCACCGAUGUCGAACGAUACCAUGUCGUCUGGGAUGAAAGACAACGAACAUGCGUCGUUCGAGCUUCAAAAGCAGCAUUCGCCUGAGGAUAUGACGCCACUUAACCAGCGGAACCCCUCGCUCAAGACGAACAGCAGUGCUGGAAGAGAAGGUUCGGAUCCAAUGGUUGCGCCAAUGCGUGGUCCCUUAGGUCGUGGACGACAGCCUGUUGAUCAAUACGGAAACCCUAUCCCACCGAUGCCCCAGGAUCAGUACAUGAUGAACGCUGGCCCAGGCGGCCCAGGACGCGGCCGAGGAGGUCCAGUGAGGGGACGAGGCGGUUACCCACCACGAGGCACUCCCUACGGCGUCCCUGGAAGAGGAGGAUUCGGCGGGCCACGAGGAGGUAUGCGCGGUCCUCCACCGCCAGGCUGGCAAGGUGGGCGAGGUGGACCAAUGCGUGGCGGACCUGGUGGAAUAGGACCUGGGCCUAUGGGACGAGGUGCUCCUCCUCCGGGCUACAACAACUACAGUCAAGGCUCUCAUGGGCAAGGUCCGCCACCGCGCGAGCAGUCGCCUUAUGGCCAAGGCAACAGGGGCGCAUCUCCACAGCUUCCUCUGGCGAUAGGACAAGCCAUCGAGAUGGACUCACGUACUGGAACACCACCAGUAAACCCGAACCCGAACCCGAACCCGAACCCGAACUAUGGUUUGAGAGAAAGCGACGGAGAUGUUCAGGGCAUGUUGGCGCUUCAGCAAGGCGGUUUCCCAGCGAGCUCGCCGCAGCGUAGGCCGUCUGAGUUGAUGAGUCCGACGAGCUCAUACUCGCAAGACGAACUCCUCCCACCACAGCAACAGCAGCAGCAACAGCAACAGCAACAACAACAACAAUCACAACAGUCAGGUCUCCAACCCCAACAAUACAUGCCCGCGCGCUCCAACUGGACGCAAGACCGCCAAACCUCCGACAAUUCCAAGAACAGCGCCAACUCCCGCGGCCUCUCCCCGAUCAUGGACUCCCCCGUCGAAAUGCCCGCGCAACUCUCCCAAGUCGGCUUCGCACCGCCCACACACACCCACAGCAACAGUAUCGAGCGCAGCUCUGACUACUACGAAGACGUCGACCCGAAAUUCGCCGAACCCACACGCCCAAACCCACCCCCGAUGCCAUCAAGCUUAAUGCCCGGCGGCAUGCCCAGCACGUACAAUCCGAACCCCAACUUACUCUCUGCGCCCCAGGCGCCGCAGCAGCUCAGCGACCCGAACCUCCCGCGCACAAGCAGCUAUGAUGAUCUGCCCGACGGUUCGCGCAGUCCGGCCGCCUCAGAAGCUUCGCACUUCACAUCUGUAUCACAACGCCCUGUGAAUCCCGCGUGGCGCCCGGAAAUGGGCGCGCCGGCGGGAAACUUCGGGCCGUACGCUGGCAACGGACCUAACGGCCGUGGUGGCAGGCCUAUGAGGCCUGAGGAUGUGAUUCUCGAUGCGAAUGCGGCGAAUCCUGAUUUCGCUAUCCCCGGGGUGGGGAUGGGGAGGGGACGCGGGAGGGGCACGUUUAGAGGGAGAGGAAGGGGCAUUCAGCCGCCUGCGACGAUGAUGGGGAUGCAGAACGGGUUGCAGGCGCCGGGGAGGUAUCCGGGGGCUAGUGCUAUGUAG